AUGGCGAGGAGUCGUCAAAUGACUGCGGCCAACCGUGAAGCCGCUGGCCGCAAUGAGAGGCCGCUUCCCCCAUUCCCCGCAAAGCAGAUGUUUGUUCUAGCCUGCUGCAGAAUAUGCGAACCGAUCGCCUUCAUGUCCAUCUUCCCCUACAUCUACUACAUGAUCCAAGAUUUCAACAUUACCGAUGAUUCCAACAAGAUUUCAGUUUACGCCGGCAUGGUCACCUCCGCUUUCACAUUGGCCGAAUUCUCGACAGGAGUUCUUUGGGGACGGCUUAGCGACAAGAUUGGCCGAAAGCCAGUGCUUCUCUUUGGUCUGCUGGGAACUGCUCUGAGUGUCUUGGUUUUUGGUUUCGCCCCCAGUCUGCCAGUCGCACUCUUUGCGCGCGCUCUCGGAGGUCUUCUCAAUGGCAACAUUGGCGUUCUUCAGACAACUGUCGCCGAGCUUGUCACUGUCAAGGAACAUCAACCCCGAGCUUAUACUAUCAUGCCCAUGGUGUGGUGCAUUGGAUCGAUCGUUGGGCCUAUGAUUGGAGGAGCUCUCGCACGACCAUGCAUCAGCUACCCCGAGAUCUUCGCUCGUGGAACCAUCUGGGACCGAUAUCCCUACCUCCUCCCUAAUCUUUUCAGCGCCGCCACUGUUUUCUUCGGAGUCAUCAUUGGACUUCUCUUCCUGGAUGAGACCCAUGCUGAGAAGAAGUCCCAGCGAGACCGUGGACGUGAGAUUGGAGAUUACCUCGCCAGCUGGUUCGGUGGAGUUGCGAGCUGCAACGGACGAGGCCGCUCUCCCGAGAAGCAGGCUCUUCUUGACGGAAAGCAAAACGUCCAGUAUCUCUCGACCAGUGUUCGCCCUGGCUCUGCUCACUCUGACGAGGCCCUGCCUGCUUACCGAAGCCAAGAGAAUUCGCCCCGACUUGCUCCUCAGCCUGACGCACAAUCCCUGAACGAAGCCCCCUUAGAACCCAUUGUGGUGCGAAAGUCAAAGACUUUCACCAAGCCUGUCAUUAUGAACAUCAUCUCUUAUGGCAUUCUCGCCUUCCACACUAUGACUUUUGACCAGCUUUUCCCUGUUUUCCUGAGCACUAAGCGGCCUGAACACCCUGUUCACGACCUCCCCUUCAAGUUUACCGAUGGAUUCGGCCUCGAGACUAAGAUGAUCGGUGUCAUCAUGUCGGUGCAAGGACUUUACUCACUCUUCUCCAACUAUCUCAUCGUUCCUCCAGUUACCCGACGGCUUGGAUCUCUCCGCCUCUUCCGAAUCCUCGCAUUCUCGUACUUUGCGCUCUACCUGGUCACACCCUAUCUUGUGCUGCUCCCCGAAUCUAUGAGAAUGCCGGCUAUCUACCUCCUUGUCAUCUGGAAGUGCACUUUCUCCACCAUGGCAUACCCCAGCAACGCAAUCCUGCUGGCCAACUCGGCACCAUCUAAGCAGGUCCUUGGAACGAUCAACGGAAUUGCAGCCUCAACUGCCAGCUUGUGCCGUGCUCUGGGCCCAACCCUGUCUGGACUUCUUUACUCUUGGGGUCUUCAGACUGGAUACUCUGGACUGGCUUGGUGGUUCAGCGGACUCAUCACCAUUGUUGGAGCAUAUCUCAGCUCCCAGAUUACGGAGGGCGGACCUCAGGACGAUGUGCUGCCUGAGGAGGAUCCUCUCUUGGAUGAGGGUCUUUUCACCGACUACGACGAGGAGGAGAGCGUUUAA